CUAAGAAGUGUGAAUGAUAGUAUCCGCCAGUCGCGAUUCCCUCAAGUUGUGAGGUCGCGUAAAUGUUGAUAAAGUUAUUGCUUCAGUGAAUGUCAGUUAGUUGUCCGCGUUAAUUUACAUCCGUGUGAAUCUCGUGGAAAUUGACUUGCUGAUAUUUUAUGCACUAGUCACCGAAAAUAAUCAAAAUAUUGAAUUGAAGUAACAGCUGAUUGAUGGUACUGUGAAAAUUGUGUCUGUCGGGGACUGCAUUCGUGCAGUCCACGUUAGAAUCGGUGAUCAUGGAACGCAUGAUUGCACUGAGUAGCCAAAAUCCACUCUCAAUGUUAGUCAAGUUCGGCAUGAUGGCCUGGAACAAUACUUGCGGUAUGGAAAAUUGUUCUGGUCAUGGUGAAUGUCACAACGGCACGUGUCUCUGCGAGAUUCAGUUUGAUGGGACAGAAUGCCACGUGCCAAACUUCAGCUACUACAUAGCAUUUGCUACAAUUUUCUUCAUUCUGGCAUUUGUUUGUUUGGUGCAACUUGUCAUGUGCAUUGUUGCUGAAUGGCAACGCAUGAAAGCACCUUCGUUUCUACGUGCUUGUAGAGUUACUACGCAGAAGGUUUUGUACUUUGUUGUGUUUCUGGCAGCAAUGAUUCGUGGCGCCUAUUUCACAUCUCCGACCACAUUUAACGAAGGAUGGUCACGGAGUCUCUUGUCUGCUUAUUACCCACUGCUUCUCAGUGGUUCUUCACUGAUCGUUUGUUUUUGGGCAGAAGUAUUUCAUCUUCAGGACAAGCAUUGGGAAAAGCCACAAUUUUUGUCAAAAUCAUUUCUGGGAUUUGUCAUCUUCAACAUAAUCACUUACUCUCUUUUAUUAGCUGAGUUUGUGACUGCACAAAUGUACACACAAGUUGAUCAGGGUUUUUAUAUGCACAUCUUCAACGGCUGCUAUGCUGUUCUGCUCUUCAUUGUUGUCAUCUUCUUUCUUAUUUAUGGCGUCGAGGUGUUUUUCAAGGUUCGUGGUGGAUUUCUGAACGAACACCAUGGUAUUUCGAUUGUGACCAAUAGUCGUACACCGGAAGAUCCACGAUUUGCAGAGGGAGAUCCAGUAACAGCCAAGUUAUUCGAACCGAUUCCAACUACAUCGACCGACGAUGUCAAUAUUGAGCAGCAAGUGAAUACUUCUCAACUUCAUCAGUCUAGAUUUGGUUUACUGUCACAGGCGUUUAUGCUUUUCAUUGUUGUCGGAUUUUUGUUCAGUGAAACGCUCAGUGAACUUUGGAAAACAAAAGUUCCAUUGUACAGCAGAAAUUGGCAUGAUAUUGUUUUCCGAAUUAUUGAAGUCGGCGUUGCACUAUGGUUUCCAUGUGUAUUAUGGAACUGCAUGAGUCCAGAACAGUUGUGGAUACUCAAUCCUAAGCGCAUACUGAAAAAAUUAGAUUUAGAACAGUCCAAGCCUGUGAAGGAAAUUGAAUUGCAAGAAAAUAGAAAACUCGAGAAAACUGAUGUAGAUGGCAGGUCAAUUGGAGGAAAAGACUGUUGGAUUUGUUAUGACAGUGAGAGGCAAGACGCUGGUCAAUUAAUACAGCCUUGUCAAUGUAGAGGAGACGUAAGCGCUGUCCACCAUGACUGUUUGCGACGUUGGCUGGUUGAGAGUUCCAUGGAUGCGGACAGUCUUGCUUGUAAAGUUUGCGGGACAAAAUACAACGUCGAGAGAGCCAGUAAGUUGCAUUGGCAGAACGGCUGGACAUUACAUGAAUGGCUCCAUUCUUUCGCCAUUCUAAGUGUCAUGGUUGCUUCAUCUUAUGGUGUGUGGUUGCUAAUUCAACUUGUCGAAGGGCCAAUAAUUAGAAUGCUUGCAGCCGGUACAUCUUUAUUAGUCAUAUACGUUUGUAUUAGGUUUUUGGGAUUAAAUACCGUGAUUGCAUAUCAGCGUGCCAAAAUAUCAUCUUUAAAGAUUAACGGUGCAGACAAUAAUUCCCAAGUAACCACAAUUAGUUUACACAUAUCUGCAGACGUACAGAAACCAGAAACUGUUAGUAUUUAAAGCGAACUAUUUUAAUUUCUACCAAGAGCCGGAAGCAUCCUAUGACUCACCGUUGGUGCUGAUUUAAUUUGUAUUCACUGAGAGAACCGAAAUCAAAUGUACGAUCGUUACAGUAACCUAAAUUAUCAUUAGAAAUCCGAAUUCUCAAUAAUGCAACAACUCGGACAAGAAUUAUCUCAUAGUAACAGUUGCAUUCUGUUAGUUCCACAGGCUAGAAACUUGGAAUUCCAUAAUAACAUUGCAAUAAUAAAAAAUCUAUAUGUAUUAAUUGCCAAACAAUGCUGCCCCCAUAAGUACUAGAGACGUGAUGAAUAUUACAGAAUUAUAAAACCAAUUUACAUGAUAUAAAGCUGCCAUCCAACGAUUAAAUUCAAACAAUUCCUUAGCAUUGAGCUGCAAUCGAGUUUCAUUUCAAAUCUACGGUCAACGUUCUUUCCGCGUCAUGUGAACGUAAUGUAUAUUCUGAAAUAUAAUAUGCUAGAUAGAAGUAUUUCACUAACAAAAAGGACUAGUAGAUCUGCCGAUACCUAUUAAUUAAUAUGUGCCACAGCAUAAAAGGUCAAAUUAGUAUUUGCAUAUGGGUGAUCAUUGGUGUUUUCUUGCCACAAUUUAUACGUAUUAUAUGCAUAUAAGGUCGGAAAUGGGGUCAGCGAAAUUACGUUCUGAAUUAUCAAGUGCAUUCAGGACUAAGUGUCUAAAGAAUUCAGAAUUGUUGAAGUUUCCUUGAACUAUGCCGUAUUGCUAAGCAUACGUAAAUUAGUUGGGAUUGAUUGAUUAACAAAUUGAAAUUUAAUCAUUAGCAAAUUAAAGGAAAUUUUCCCGAUACCAUAUUAUUGGAUCUUGAAAUUUGGGUUACGUAAAGAGCAAUUAUUAUUUGUCAAUACUGGCUUGGGCCAAGUUUUAGAAAAUCGAAAAACACAUUCACUGUUAACUAUUUUAUUUUGAACCGCAGAGGCUAAUGCGUUUAGUCAUUUUUCUUGUCUCCCACCAGAGAUAAGUUUUGUUUUGCAUUACACACGUCGCAAACUUUGAAUUAUCAAUUUCGGGGCAUGAAAGAGAUAUGAAAAAAAUAUGGGAGUGCUUUGAAUCUGUCAAUUGACAUUGUAUACAUUGUCUUGACUCAUAAGUAUGAUUAAGUGCAAUCUGUUGAUGAAAAAACAGAAAUUAGACUAGGAUUAGACAUGUGAGUUUAGGACCGUUAUUUUUUCUGUUAGUAAUAAUUCAUUUAGAAAGUAGUAAACAGAAUACUUGUCAUGACCAAUAACAAUAGAUGAUAAUUAGCAGCAGCCAGGUGUUUUAGUAUGACUACCAACAUAAUCUAACUCAGUUUAGCCUAUGAUCUACUUACUAUUGUUAGGAUAAAUUUUUUCAAACACAUUUGAAAUUUUGUAAUGAUUAUUCUAGAAAUUAAAGACUAAUUUAUAGAAUUUCAUUGCACGGAUAAUUUUUGAAGUGUUUUGAUAUUCAUUAAUCUUCAUAUCAUUUAACUAGGUAUACUUGUGUAACUUUCUACCUAUUCAGUAACAUUGGAUAUUUACUUGAAAAUUUCAAUAAUCACACAGAACAUUAAAUUGUAAGCAUGUACGUUUCAACGGUUUCAACUAUGCAACUCAUUGACAUGUGUCACCGCAGUGGUGACAAUAGCCAUUAGUUGUUGUCGCUGAUGUUUUUUUUUUUAUUAUUAUUAUUAAUUAUAAUUUUCUGGAUUUAUUUUCCUUUUGCAUCUUCUUUCUAUGUCAAGAGUAGAUCAAUUUACAUCACAUGGUCCUAAUAACGACGAAUCAAAGAUUAGCCUCGUCAAGUUAGUUAUAGGAUAAGUUUCUGAACGAGUCAAAUCUACACUCGAUGUAUCUGAUUUUAUUUAUAUGCAGCCACACAACAAGUUGGAUAUUUUUGAUUAAAUUCUAAUUAUAUAUUACAAUUUGUAUCUAGAUCAAUUGUACGUAAUAUGCAUACUUGUAAACUGUUAAGUCAUAUAAUACAACUUAUCCGUGACGACCAUUGGCAACCCAUCCAUGGGACUCUUGGGUCACAGAUUUAAGCCACCCCCAAGAAUAUAAUGAUUACAUCACAUUUCAUUGGAUGUAUGCAUGGCGGUAGCGAAUAGAAUAGGACUACUAGAUGCAACUUUAGGUUUUACGUAUCCUGCAUAAAUACCGUAUUUAUUGAAAAAAGAUGAAAACUACCAGUUCAGAGAGCUUGUUAACAAGAGCUAAAUAGCCAUAGUUGGUCAUGUUUGGUCAUACUCCAUAACUUUACUAUCAAAUUAAAUCUGUUAGCUACAGUGAUUUUUAGCACUUAAUUCUGACUGUAGCCUAGAGAAGUUUACAAAAUCUCGUUGUGUCGGAAAAUUUUUGUUUAAUAUACCGAUUACCCUUAA